UGACUAUGCUGAUACGACGCUCACGAACAUUUCCUGCAGCAUCUCAUAAUCCAGACCAAACUCACUCGGAAAGUGGAUACAUUUUUUCGGUUUGCUCUACGAGACCUCACCAUUUCCUCAAGUUCUUUUCAGCCAAACAUUUAGCUACAAGAAAUCAGUUCCAGAUCCACCUUCAGCCUACCAUGUUUGAACCAGAUUCUGGUUGUGGUGUUCCAGCCCAGAGAAGCUCACAGCGGGGUCCAGAGUUGCUGUCAGUGAAGCUGGGUGACUGCAAUCAAACCGUGGAACUCAAUGUGAUUGUCAAAGAGGAGGAAGAGGACAGAGAAAUCAACGAGGGGGAGGAGGAAGAGCGAGAGGAUGACAGGGACUCAGUUGACUCAGGAGAGAUCCCCAACCCAGACUCAGUCAACAAGCCCAGUUCCACAGCAUCAAGACUACCUGGACGUGGGAGUUACUCCUGCCCUCAAUGUGAGAAGAGUUUCAGUUCCUUAACUAUUCUAAAAAAUCAUCAAAGAGUACACACUGGAGAGAAACCUUUCCACUGCUCUGCAUGUGGGAAGAGUUUCAGUGAGAAAGCAAACCUUAAGAGACACGAGAGAUUACAUAGUGGAGAGAAGCCUUACCACUGCACGCAAUGUGGGAAGAGCUUCAACCAUUCUGGAAGCCUUAAGGAACACCAAAGAGUACAUACAGGGGAGAAACCGUACCACUGCUCUCUUUGUAGGAAGCAUUUCAGUCAGCCAGGAAGCCUUAAGAAACACCAGAGAAUUCAUACAGGGGAGAAACCUUACCACUGCUCACAGUGUGGAAAGAAUUUUCGUUUCGCAGGAGACCUAAAGAAUCAUCAGAGAUCACACAGUGGAGAGAAGCCUUACCACUGUUCUCAGUGUGGGGAGGGAUUCACUCAGCUCAGGCGUCUUAAAAGUCAUCAGAGGAAACACAUUGGGGGGAAGCCUGUCUGUGCUUUAAAUGUGAUUGUCAAAGAGGAGGAGGUUGAGAGAGAAAUCAAAGAGGAGGAAAAGCGAGAAGUUGAGGAAGAGGAGGACAAUAGUGGUAUAGUUGACCCAGAUACAUCAACACUACCUGGUUGUGGUCGUUACCCCUGCCAUCAAUGUGGGAAGAGUUUCCGUUCCUCAAGUAAUCUACAGAAUCAUCAAAGAGUACACACUGGAGAGAAGCCUUACCACUGCUCUGAGUGUGGGGAGGGAUUUACUCAGCUACAACGUCUUAAAAGUCAUCAGAGAAUACACAUUGGAGGGAAGCCUGUCUGUGCUUUAAAUGUGAUUGUCAAAGAGGAGGGGAGUGAGAGGGAAAUCAAAGAGGAGGAAAAGCGAGAAGUUGAGGAAGAGGAGGACAAUAGUAAUGUAGUUGACCCAGGUACAUCAAGACUACCUGGUCGUGGUCGUUACCCAUGCCAUCAAUGUGGGAAGCGUUUCCGUUCCUCAAGUAAUCUAAAGAAUCAUCAAAGAGUACACACUGGAGAGAAGCCUUACCACUGCUCCCAAUGUGGGAGGGGUUUCAGCGAGAAGGUAAACCUUAAGAGACAUGGCAAAGUACAUAGUGGAAAGAAGCCUUACCACUGCACCCAAUGUGAGAAGAGCUUUAAUUAUUCAGGAAGCCUUAAGGAACACCAGAGAAUACAUACAGGGGAGAAGCCUUACCACUGCUCUCUUUGUGGUAAGAGUUUCAGUCAGCCAGGAAACCUUAAGAAACAUCAGAGAAUACAUACAGGGGAGAAGCCUUACCACUGCUCUCUUUGUGGUAAGAGUUUCAGUCAGCCAGGAAACCUUAAGAAACAUCAGAGAGUACAUACAGGUGAGAAGCUUUACCACUGCUCUCAGUGUGGGGGGGGUUUCACUCAGCUAAGAAGUCUUAAAAGUCAUGAGAAAAUACACAUUGGAGGGAAGCCUGCCUGUGCUUUCAAUGUGAUUGUCAAGGAGGAGGAGGAGGAGGAGGAGGGAGAAAAGAAAGAAGUAGAGGGAGAGGAGAGUGACGUGAAAUAAAGGUGAAGUGCGGAUACAUAAGCAACUUUAUAGGUAUUGAAAUUCACACCUAUCCUUGCAGUUGCAUCUUCUGUGACAGCAUGGUCAUGGGCAGCACCAUUUGAGUUUUAAAUCAGUAAGGGCUUUCCUGCACAACUGUAAAAUCCGACUGUAGCCUUGUCACAGCCAGGACAGCAGUCGGGGUAAUUCCUUAACGUAAUAGUAUCAUCCGUAUUUACAUGAGAUCGAGACAAGAUCAUUAACAACUAUAGUGGUUGCUGUAAUAGUGCUAUGCCCAGGCCUAAACCCUGAUUGGUUUUACGUUAACUAUACAUGUCUCAUUGUAAACCAGGUUGCCAGUCCGGGCCUAAGCCUUUGUUCCUGGCCUUGACCCAAGCAUAAUUUAUUUUAUGAAUUACUUCUGAACAGGAUACCAGCUAAUGUGCUGCAGUGUGUAUAGUCUGAACAGGAUACCACCUCCUAAUGUGCUGCAGUGUGUAUAGUCUGAACAGGAUACCACCUCCUAAUGUGCUGCAGUGUGUAUAGUCUGAACAGGAUACCUCCUAAUGUGCUGCAGUGUGUAUAGUCUGAACAGGAUACCACCUCCUAAUGUGCUGCAGUGUUUACAGUCUGAACAGGAUACCUCCUAAUGUGCUGCAGUGUGUAUAGUCUGAACAGGAUACCACCUCCUAAUGUGCUGCAGUGUUUACAGUCUGAACAGGAUACCUCCUAAUGUGCUGCAGUGUGUAUAGUCUGAACAGGAUACCACCUCCUAAUGUGCUGCAGUGUGUAUAGUCUGAACAGGAUACCACCUCCUAAUGUGCUGCAGUGUGUAUAGUCUGAACAGGAUACCACCUAAUGUGCUGCAGUGUGUAUAGUCUGAACAGGAUACCACCUCCUAAUGUGCUGCAGUGUGUAUAGUCUGAACAGGAUACCUCCUCCUAAUGUGCUGCAGUGUGUAUAGUCUGAACAGGAUACCUCCUCCUAAUGUGCUGCAGUGUGUAUAGUCUGAACAGGUACAAAGCCAAGGUUAGUGAUUUACUGCUACCUGCAGUUGUGGAAUGUUAGCUCAGGACUAUAAUUCAGUGGUUGACUCCUCCUCCUGACCUGGAUGGAAUUAUACGACCUGGAUGUAGUGCACUACAUUUGACCAUGAUUUUGGAAUGAGAUGUUCGACGAGCAGGUGUCCACAUACACUACGUCGGUUACCACUACAAAAGUAUCUUCCUUUAUCUUUUUUUUUAACUACAAACAUAGAAACGUGUCAUUUUCACAUAUGUUGAUGUUGGGGUGGUGCUUGAGAUGAUAAAUAUGUAGUAGAAUGUUUUUGAAAUGUCCCUUUAAAGGUACGUAUGCCCAUGUACAUGACUAACAUUUAAAUGUAAAACAGUUCAUAGUAGCAUAAUCUAUUUUUGACUUGAGCUGAAUAAUGGGGCUGAGUCUAUAUAUAGUAUAUACUGGGGCUGAGUCUAUAUAUAGUAUAUACUGGGGGCUGAGUCUAUAUAUAGUAUAUACUGGGGGCUGAGUCUACAUAUAGGAUAUACUGGGGGCUGAG